ACGGGGUUAAAAGUUGCGAGUUCGCCUCUGCAUUACUCCGCGAUGUCAAUUACGAACGAUGAACAAAUCCUGAACUUAUUAACUCUUAACUGCUGGGGCAUUCCAUAUGUAUCGAAGAAUAGAUUGUAUCGAAUGGAGGCGAUUGCAGAAAAAUGUGUGACGGAUGAUUAUGAUGUCGUUUGUCUGCAAGAAAUUUGGUCAGUCAGUGAUUUCAAAAUGAUAAGAGCCAAAGUUCGCGAGAAGCUACCAUAUUCACAUUAUUUCUACAGCGGUGUUGUGGGAUCAGGAAUCUGUAUGUUUUCUCGCUUCCCUAUCCAAGACGUAAUGUUUCAUAAAUGGCCAUUAAACGGAUAUGUGCACAAAAUUCACCAUGGUGACUGGUUUGGUGGAAAGGGUGUUGGUCUUUGCAAAAUAAAGCUCAAAAAUAUCAAUGUCAAUGUUUAUGUGGCGCAUCUACAUGCGGAAUAUGACAGGGAGAACGAUGAGUACAAGGCUCACAGAGUGCUUCAGGCAUUUGAUACUGCACAGUUUAUUAGGAUGACUAUGGGAGGAACCGAUGCGGUAGUUCUUGGAGGAGAUUUGAAUACAGAGCCAAAAGAUAUAGCUUAUCGCAUCAUUCGUGGUAUCGCUGGUCUUGAGGAUGCCUGCUCAAUUAGUAAUAGUAAUUUAGGGACCAAUGAGUGUGCCAACAACAGUUACACACCUAAAAAGGUAGCUAAGAAAGAACCGGAUGGAAAACGUAUUGAUCACAUCCUUUAUCUAGGCUCAAAGAACAUCAAGAUGGAAGUAGCUAACUAUAAACAUCCGUUUCCUAAACGAGUUCCAAACAAGGAUUUCAGUUAUUCAGAUCACGAAGCAAUCAUGGCAAGCUUCAAGUUGCGGAAAGGAGAAUGUGAAAUUGUGGGGUCUGAUGUGAGAGAAUCAUUAAAAGAGGCUCUCGGUAUCUGCCAGCUCGCUCUGAAAUCAAUAAAGCGUGAACGUAUCUGGUACUUGAUAGCAAGUUGUAUAUUAAUUGUACCAUUAAUUUUAUCAAUGGGAUUUGAGUACAAAACAACGUCCAUUGGAGUAAGCAUCGGUAUUAAUGUAGGUCGCCUUUUCUUGACGGCAGUAUUGUGUUAUGUCAUUUUUAUGAGCACAUUAUGGAAUAGUGUAGAAAAAAAUGCUCUAAAAGCUGGAUAUCGAGCAAUGGAGCUUCACUUGAAGCAAUUAAAUAACCAGCUAAGCUCAACAUGACACACUUUGCAAGUUUACAUGCAACACACAUGCAUGUAAUAAUACUAUAUUGCGAACAUCUUGAUACAACAAAUAUUUAUCGGUCUAUACUGACGAUUUAUUACUAAUUACUAAAGCUUUAGAAUAUUUUUCAUUAUCUGCUAAGAUAUAGACAUUCUAGGAAAAUUUU